AUGUCAUUUCGCAAGCGCAACAUCGGUCUUUCUCCCGGAGUUGACCGCAAUGCUGUCCCAAACGCCGCACAACCCCCGCCAGAGAGCACGCCGGGAAUCCGCCCCUCACCCGACGAUGGACGACCAACGACUUCGACAGGCACGCGAUCUCUGGAUAAUUUACUUGCUGGUCAUGCUGGAUUGCCAAUGGGAAAGCUUUUGUUCAUUGAAGAGAACGGAACUACAGACUUUGCCGGCGCAUUGCUACGAUACUAUGCGGCGGAGGGAGUUAUUCAAGACCAGAAGAUCCAUGUUAUUGGAGUACCAGAACAAUGGGGUCGAACUUUGCCUGGGCUGAUCGGCUCAGCAGAGUCUCUUGAUGAGAAAAGAUCCGACAGGCGCAAGGAAGACCGCAUGAAGAUUGCAUGGCGAUACGAGCGAUUGGGCGAGUUUGGGGCAGUCGCCGGUUCACGCGAUGCACCGGCUACCACUGGUGAGCAGGACUCAACAACUAAGGACGCCCCCGCUUUCUGUCAUGCGUUCGAUCUCACGAAACGACUCGCCCACCCGUCAAUCACAAACAUGUCCUUCAUUCCUCUAGUGCCCUCGAAAGAGUCACCGUUCGCUGCCAUCCUCAAACGACUCCAGACUGCGAUCAUAUCCAGUCCCGCAAAUGCCAUUCACCGGAUCGUCAUUCCCUCUUUGCUCAACCCAACGAUGUACCCGCCCGAAUCUUGUCAACCCGAGAAUGUGCUUCAAUUUCUCCAUGCACUCAAGGCGUUGAUGAGCGCGCACACGAAUCGCGUGACCGCGAUGAUAACAUUCCCCUUGUCGCUGUAUCCUCGCUCAUCCGGGCUGGUUCGUUGGAUUGAACUGCUCAGUGACGGUGUAAUUGAGCUCUGCCCAUUCCCACACUCCGCAGAUGCCACAGCUACGUCGGGAGCAGCCACAUCCCAGGAGGAACCUCCACAGGGCAUGCUUAAGACUCAUCGGCUACCAGUUCUGCAUGAGCGAGGUGGUGGAAGUGAUCAGAAUGUUGGGCAGGACUGGGCCUUCAUCCUCAGUCGUCGGAGAUUCGAGAUCAAACCGUUCAGUCUACCACCAGCGGAGGGGGACACCGAAGCGCAGGAUACAGCGGCCGCGGGGGGGAAUGCCCAAAAAGUCGGAUCUUGA